AAAAAGAAAGAAAUAUAUAUACAGAACAAAAGGACACAGCUUUAUGUCCUAGCUAAUAAGUAGCUUUUUAUCUCUGACCAUCAAAUCUCUUCUCUUUCUCAUUUCUAUCUUAUAUAGCUCAUCAUCAUCAUCCUCAACUUGUUUGUAUCUUGUUGAUAGCCUGCAACCCUAAAUCUCCCUCUGAAAUUUUACCCUCCAUGUGUUAAAACUGAAGCUGCUCAGAUUUUCACAUAAAGUUUCAAACUGCAAGUCUCUCUUCAUCACACACAAACACAUGCAUAAAUAUUGGUGAUAAGUAUUGCUGAUAAAGUACUUUUUGUGGUCCUGUAUAAAAGUGAAAAAAAAGUUGUGGUUUUUUUUAGGUGGUUGAUGAGAAAAUUAUAAUGCAAGAACAAGUUGAGGGUAUGUUGGGGAGUGGUGGUGGUGGGAUGAGUCAUGAUUUUUCCGGCGAGCAACACCACCGUGCUAAGGUGGAGAUUGCUACACAUCCUUUGUAUGAGCAGCUGCUGUCUGCUCAUGUGGCUUGUCUCCGGGUGGCUACUCCGAUUGAUCAGCUUCCGCUUAUUGAUGCUCAGCUCUCUCAGUCUCACCAUGUUCUUCGAUCUUAUGCGGCACAGCAGAAUCAGAUUCAUCAUCAGCAUCCUGGGGAACGCCAAGAGCUUGACAACUUCUUGGGACAAUAUUUAUUACUGUUAUGCUCAUUUAAAGAACAACUUCAGCAACAUGUCAGAGUUCAUGCGGUUGAAGCUGUCAUGGCUUGCCGGGAAAUUGAACAGAAUUUGCACUCUCUCACUGGAGCGACAUUAGGUGAAGGCACGGGAGCAACUAUGUCGGAGGAUGAGGAUGAAUUGCAGAUGGAUUUCUCUUUAGAUCAAUCAGGCAGCAAUGCGCAUGACAUGAUGGGUUUUGGUCCACUUCUUCCAACAGAAUCCGAGAGGUCUCUUAUGGAAAGAGUUCGACAAGAACUGAAGAUCGAGCUGAAACAGGGAUUUCGGUCCAAAAUCGAAGAUGUUCGAGAGGAAAUUCUGAGGAAAAGAAGGGCAGGCAAGUUACCAGGUGACACAACUUCAGUGCUUAAGGAAUGGUGGCAGCAACAUUCCAAGUGGCCUUACCCAACUGAAGAUGACAAGGCUAAGCUUGUGGAGGAGACAGGGCUGCAACUGAAGCAGAUUAACAACUGGUUCAUUAACCAACGGAAGCGAAACUGGCACAGCAACUCAAAUUCAAUGACAUCUCUCAAAUCCAAGCGUAAACGAUAGAACCAUGGAUUUGAUUUCAAGAAGCAAUGACAGAUCAAGAAAUGUAACUAAUGCAUGUUGAUUUAGCUAUUUUAUAAGACCAGGAUACAGCUCUACUGCUACACAAGUACCUAACAUUUGUAGAAAUUAUAUGUUUGGAGUUCCAGGAAAUGUAUGGUACCAUCAAAUGUAUGACUUUAGAUAAAGAUGUUAUCAGUACAGCUGAAGUUAUUAUCCAUAUCUCAAAUCAUGUACUAGUUUGGUUUAACAUCAGUUCACUUAUCGCGGAACUUGAACUUCCUAGGAACUUGUAAUAUUGCACUUCUUAAGAAUGAAAAAUUGUACUAAUAGAAGAAAUUUACUUUGUAAA